ACGAACCGUAGCAUGUCCCUCAUGAGCCACCGUAGUUCUAACCAGCGCAAAUGUUGGAUGUUCAAAUUACCGGCGUGUAAUAAAGCAGUAUCAUUUCUUUAGUUUUAAAAGGUGAGGAAGUUGUCACAAUGUCUGUUCAAGCAACAAAUCCCAACAACCCCAUUGUUUUCUUCGACAUUACCAUCGGAGGGCAGGAUGUUGGACGAAUGAAGGUCGAGCUGUUUGCUGAUGUGGUUCCAAAGACAGCGGAGAAUUUCCGGCAGUUCUGCACUGGAGAGUUCAGGAAGGAUGGAGUCCCCAUUGGUUACAAAGGCUGCACAUUCCACAGGGUGAUCAAAGACUUUAUGAUACAAGGAGGGGACUUUGUAAAUGGUGAUGGAACUGGUAUCUGCAGCAUCUACAGAGGUCCAUUUGCAGAUGAGAACUUCAAAGUGAGGCACUCUGCGCCUGGUCUUCUGUCUAUGGCAAACAGUGGUCCAGGGACAAAUGGCUGUCAGUUUUUCAUCACCUGUACAAAAUGUGACUGGUUAGACGGGAAGCAUGUUGUUUUUGGAAAAGUGGUCGAUGGUUUGCUGAUCAUGAGAAAAAUUGAGAAUGUUCCUACGGGACCCAACAACAAGCCCAAACUCCCCAUCAUCAUCGCACAGUGUGGAGAGAUGUGAUCAUCUUGCUCACAACACUGAUGUAAAAACUACACAACCUCUGUACACAUGAAGCUAAUUGUUGCCUGAUACUUCUCUGAAAAUAUCAGUCCACCUAUUUUCCUUGUAUGGAUUCUUUCUCCUACAGUACACACUGAAGGACAUGAUAAAGUUCAGCAGUACAUCAUUUCGGCCAUUUUCUGAGUUUUGUAUGCCUAAUCCCAGGUUAACAGCUACAUCCAAACCCAAAUAAGAUGACUCACAUCUCCUGUAGGUGUUGAUAAAGACAGGAUGUAAUUUAAUAUAUGGGUUUGAAAUUCAUUUUGUGAACAGCACGGUUGUUGUAUUUUCUCAUACAAAUGAAGACAUCUUGUCACAGUAAGAGAAAUAAGAAAAGUUGUCUUUUUAAAAAAAUAAAAAAAAAAACCUUAAGAAUUUGGUUAGCAUUCCUAAAUCAGUCACACUGUGUAUCAUUUGUUAUCAAUAAAUUGUUUUACAUUUUUAUAAA